AUGGACCAUGGGUUGAGGAACACUGACUUGGACACUUUUGAGAAUCUAACGAACGUUUUUGGGGCGCCGUCAUGCGCCGCCUCCACCAAGUGUGACGAAGUGGCGCCAUCAAAGACAGAGUCUGACGGCAGCCCAUUGCAGCAGGACGCCAUGGAGGACAGCGAGUCGCCCAUUGGCAGCUGUGCAGCCUUUGCCUCACCUUCCCUGGCAGAGUCCCAGAUACCCGUGUUUCAGUGUCUCUCCACUCAGCUUGGAGAAGCUCAAGACAUCAUUCAGAAACUGGAGGCCCAGGUUCUCAAUCAGGAUCGACUCCUCAAGCAACGCGCAGAGAUGGCGUGCAAGCGCCAGCACAUGUUGGAGGCUAAGGUUCGCGAACUGGAGUCCAAGAGGAACUCUGCCAAUGCCAUUGGAGAAGCUGCCCGGGCUCUGGAAACUGCAACAGACAAGAUGCAAACAGAACUGGCCGAAGCGCAGCAAUUGCGACUGAACCUGAAUCGCGCAGAAAACCGCAUGCGCGAUUUACGCGCGGAAAACGAGCAGAUGAAGACGUGCAUAGAGCGCAUGAAGGCCAAGAUGUUGGAGGCUGAGCAGUGCGGGUCCCAAGCCGCACAGAGCUGGAAGCAAAAGUGCGAGACGCUCAAGGCCGACGUGUGCUGUUUGCGCAGUGCUGCCGAGGAUUUGUGCGGUCAGCUUCAUCAGGCGAACAAAAAGUGCGCGACGCUGCAGGGUGUGCAGACGCGACUGCGCGAUACAUGCAACGACAUCUCGUCGACCUCUUUGUCAACUGACGCCGUGACUGAACGCUCUGACGUCAAAGGUGGCUGUGCUCUCGCGGGAACUCGUCCGUCCCGCACCUCUGCUGAUAUUUUCGUGGCCAGCCUCAACCCGACUCUCGCAUUGUACCAUCACUAAAUAUUAUGCGACCGAUAUGAGUUUGGAAAUUCUGAUGCUAUGUGGAAACUGUGAGCACAACAGUAGCAUUUAAGAACGGGUUCUCCAUUUUCUUCAGUGACUGAUAUCAAUGAGGUGGGGGAAAUGGACUACAGAAAGUGGAUCGAAGUUUCCAUCAUGUGAACCACCACAAAUGGUGUCCACUAUGUCUAUUUAUAUGCAUAUUAAUCCCUGUUAUCUCCCAUGUCAUACCUUCCGUUGUGAUGACUCCGUUUUUUUUAUUCCAUUUUGUGUGAUAUUAUCUAUUAUUCAUUAUAUGAUUGACUUGAAAGCAGCAUUAUUGACUGCUUGGACAUUCUUUACUAGGAAUGCUUUUUUGUUGUUUACUGUGUAUUUUUCUUUGUAUCCAUGUUUUGAUAUAUACACCACUGUACUGCUAAAAA